AAGGCAUUACUCCUUUUCGUAAUUAAACUUUUGCCCAUUAAUUUAUCUCUCUUUUUCAAUUUGUCCCUACGCUUGUUUUGGUCCUUCUCUGUUCAAUCAGAUAUGGGUGUGAAGUGUAGGUUUUGGUUCAUAUGAACAAACUCGGAUUUGAGAAUAGUUUAUUAGUCUAUUUGGGUCGUGUUUUUGUGUUGCUUUGACCUUCCUUUGUAGUGAUGAUGACCCUGAGCUGCUGGAUAGUGUAAUUUGCAUGUAUUUGAUUGUUUUUGCUGCUGGCUUUUGUUUGCAUUUGUAUGCAGUUUAGUAAUUUGUUAAUGUGAGAUGCUGUUUGUGCCCAUCAACCGUUUGAAGAAUUACUUAGGAGUUGAAGAUUAUUGAAAAUUUGUUUUUUUUAUUGAUCUUUACUUAUAUAUUUGUGGUCUGAGUUUGUUGCUAGAAAAACCAGAGGAAAUUGACAGGAGAUAAGAUGAAAUUUUUUUUGCUCUUUUAAGUUUCUUUGCUGUCUAAGGAGUUAACUAUUUGAAGUUAAAUUUAUUUAUUUUUGGACGUUGGUUGGAUUUGCUGGGCUAGUAGGGGUGGAAUCCUGAGAUUAUGGUAACUUGAAAUGAUUUUUUUUUUGAAGAACUUGGCUUUAACCUAAAAAUUUUAAAAAAAGGGUAUUAUUGUUAUUGGCUUUUCAGCUCAGUUUUAGAGAUAGAGAAUAUUUUAGCUGGGUUUUGAAUAUGAAUGGUCAAUGAUCUAUGUGGCAGUGGAUUUAGAUGAGGGAAUUGAAAUAGCUGAGAGCUCUGCUGGACAAGAGUUGCUUGUACAGGAAAAUGAUUCUAUUGUGCAGGGAGGUGAUUCAAUUGUAGAACCCCAAGAAGGUAUGGAAUUUGAAUCUGAAGAUGCUGCCAAGAUAUUUUAUGAUGAAUAUGCUCGGCAGAUAGGAUUUGUCAUGCGUGUGAUGUCUUGUCGUCGUUCUGAAAGAGAUGGGCGAAUUCUUGCCCGUCGACUUGGCUGUAAUAAGGAGGGUUAUUGUGUUAGCAUUAGAGGCAAAUUCGGAAAUGUUCGAAAGCCACGUCCUAGUACAAGAGAGGGUUGCAAGGCAAUGAUUCAUGUUAAGUUUGAUAAGUCUGGAAAAUGGGUGAUAACAAAAUUUGUCAAGGAGCAUAAUCAUCCUCUUGUAGUGGCUCCACGUGAAGCUCGUCAAUCAAUGAGCGAAAAGGACAAGAAAAUUCAAGAAUUAACUAUGGAACUACGGAAUAAGAAGCGCUUAUGUGCAACGUAUCAAGACCACCUAACUGCAUUUAUGAAAAUCGUUGAAGAACAUAGUGAGCAGCUAUCCAAGAAAGUUCAAAAUGUAGCAAGAAAUCUUAAAGAAUUCGAGUCUAUAGAGUUGGAGCUUCAGCAGCAUAGACAGUCUCCAUAAUUUGGAGCAAAUUGAAAUAGCAAAGUUGAUGAAGGAGGGGUUAGCAAAUCCUGUUACUUCAGAGGCUGCUACUUCAAAAGCUGCUAUAAUUGAUUGUGGUUGCACUGCUAUUUGUUUUGGCUGCCCUUAUGAGAUAAAUUGGAUUCAAACUGGGCGAGGUUUAAUCGGGAAAUAUUGUACAUGUACAUGCAAUUGCUCACUAAAUCCUUUUUUCCCUAGCACCCCCUCAACUCCUCAAGUUUCAAUCACACCCUCAACCCCUCGAGUCCCAGGAGUACCAUUUGUCCCGCCCACAUCAUCUCCAACUUGCGCUGAAACCUCAGUUAAUUUGGGUUUGUGUUGGGCUCGAGCUUCUGUAGGUACAGUUUUUUAUAAUUUUCAACUGGCUGCAGGAUGUUGUGAUAUAUUUACACAAUGGAGUCGCGGUUGUUUUGGUGGAAAUGAAGAAAUUCCAAGGAUCGUCUCAAAUUUUGUCCCUCCUGCUUUGGUUCAAUAUUGUGCUACCCACCAUUAGCCAAUUAAUAUUGUUUAGAUUUCUAUAGUAGUUUAAUGCCUUUAAAACAUAUAUAUGUUUUGGGAUCUUAUAGGAAAAUUUAUUUGUUAUUUAAAUUUCUAUGGUAGUUUUUACAUAUUUUGAGAUAUUAUUAAAUAAAAGUUAGAUGUUUAAGCAAUUUUCAUUUGAA